GUCGUCCAUAAGUUGUGGUCUCACUGCCUGUGAUGCUUUCUUGUAGCCUUGUUGACGUCACAGUUACCAGCCCAAGCUUUGUUGAUAUGGAAAUGUUCUACUUAUGGGUACAUGGACGAACUAGUAGUUUCUCAGGCUUGCACAAUCAUGGCCCAAUCGCCUUCAGUAGAGGAGUAUGGUAUGACAAACGAUAUGUUGGCCGCACAUGUCAGAGACCACUUUGCUCAAUUCACACUUUUGGAAUCAGGUUUACGACACCCGAAUUCUUUCAUGCAAGAUUGUGCAUACCACCAGCUUACACCAGAAACUCGCAAACAAUUGAUUCACUUGUACGUGUUGACCCCAUUCACCUGCUUUUUCCUUUACCUUGCUGCAUUCAGGAAAAGUGUUUCAGAUUUCUAAAAGUAGUUGCCAUACGGAAGAUCACAUAUUAGCUGAUUUAUUCACCUUAAAAUCUAGGCAUUCUUCGCGUGCUGGUUUUAUCAAAGCUGAUAUGGGACAAAUACCCACAAGUAAACCCAGUGACCGGAAAACGCGCUGAGUUAACAUUGUACGUUCAUACUGGGAUCUUGUAGGUCGUCAGUCCACUAUAUCGGACCUUAGUCAAUGCGACCAGUAUGCCCAUUUAUCAGCGCUUACAGCAGUAACGCAAGCAUUUGGUCAUUAUAUUUUGCCUUCCAAUAAUUCGGCGACCUACCACAGAAAUGUUAGAUAAAUACUUCUACAUAAUUCAGAUAUACCUAUCCAUUCUCCGUAUUCAAAAACAACUGGGAUUCUCGUACGCAAAUGUUUUCCACAAAAUCUACGCAAUACUAUUCCCUUGAUGAGAGUUUUUUACGUGAAUUUGUUGGCAGAAGGUUAUCAAAUAAAUCCCGACGGGAAUUAUCUGAUAUUGCAGAAAGAUGUGAACUUCAACUGAGGAGUUGUAAAAGGCAGUUUGAUAAUUUGUCGUGUGUCGCUCGCCGGACUGAAGAUUUACCUGGUCCACUAACAGAUAAUAUAAAGAAUUGUUUUCUUCUACCAGAAUGGCUUGCCGAGUGUUAUGCCGCUGUUAUAUUUAUUGCAAGUAACAGAUUUGAGACGUCUAAGAAGUGUCUUUCAUAUCUUACUUUUGAGAACUUGGCAUACUGUGCAGGUCAGCUAAUGACUCAUUGGUCAACUAGUGGUAAAGAUCAGAAAGGUGAAACGGUUGUCAGUAUUGAUUUGGACCUUCAAUUUUUUCAUGAUCUUAAAGAAUGUAAACCACUGAUUGAGAAAAAAGAAUAUUUAGAUAAGCAUAAACUACUUGUUAUUCGCAAUCUCUCUGAAAUUCAAGCAAAAGUCAUUUUAACAAAUUUAGACUCCAACUUCAAACCUAUCUCCAAAGCAGUGAUAAAUUUAGCCUGUGGUCUAAGCCACGCUCGAGAAAUGCGAAACUUUUUCUUGGACAUUAUUGAAAAGUUAAUUGAACCAAUGCGAGCACUGAACUGGCCAUCAAGAGAAGUUAAAAUGUUUUUCGAUGCUUAUCAUAAUACCGUUAAGGCUCUACCUCUUGGAAGAUCCUCAACUUUCCUCACUAUAUGGACACGUUUCAUCAUUCCAUUUUCGAAUUGUGUAAUCCACUUAUAUCAUAAUCAAUCUAUGUGAAUAAAAACGAUAAUUCACAAUAAUUUCUAUGCAGCAACAACAAUUACCAUUAUAGGAUAAAUCGAGUUCAUUCCAUGUCGUGUGCUCUAAUUCUCUCAUGUACGCACUGGUUUGUAUCAAUAGAUAAAAUGUUUUACAUUGUAGCUAUAUGUGUAUGAAGUCAUCUAGUUCACCACUAAAAUAUAGUUAUAAAUACUUAUAGCUUCUUUUAAUGUGGAGUCUUUAAUCACUGAUUUCCCACCAGAAGAGACCGUUGACAUGCAGUCAUGCUGUACUUGCAAUAGUACGUACUUUGGAAUAUCAUAGAGACUUAUCUAAAAGAACCUCGGGAUAUACGCCGAAUAAUUUGGUCGUGAAUUGCUCCAAACUACCUGGUGGUGUCAUAGGAAGACAUAAAUUGGACACUGAUCAUCCAGUAAAUCCUGAUACUACCUUCCAUGUGAUAAAUAUACAGGACUAUUUCAGAGUCUUACUUAUACAGAAGGCGCUGUUGUCAGGUGUCUCAACAUGAAUUUGUGUGUACAAAAAGAACUUGUGGUUUACUUGACACUCGAGGUGACCGUUUUGCUGAUAACCUUCUCUUCUAUUUUUCCUCUAUCAUCUUUAAAGAUAUUUUAAACUGUCAGCAAUUUCUUAAAUCUGCUUAGUUUGCCUAACCUCACUUUCAUUUGAUCACAGUAACACAUUUAUUGUUCAUUUUAGUCAUUUUCAUUCCUGAUUUGUGGUUAUUACAACUGGUCUUGUUAUUUUAGCACUGUUCGAUAAAAUGUUUGACCUCUUAUCAAUUUAGUAUUUUGUUUUCGUAUAUCCUCUUCAACUAUUAUUGUCAUUAUUAGUGUUAUUAUCACCAUUAUUAUGAUCACUUUUAUAAUUGAUUUUCGGUUGUUACCAUCGAUUUCAUCAUUCUGUCUACUGUAAUCAUAAAAAUUUGUACUUGCUUCUUCUGCCCAUUCACGUCAUAUCCUUCCCCUCACUUAAUCUGUCUUGAACGAGAAUACAAGCGGAGACAAUCGAAUGUAUUUGAAUACAAAAUAACAGAACAUCUUAGUAAAAUCUGAGAACCAUACAGUAAAUAAUUCAUUUGAAAAAUGUCCAUCAAUUGUCUCAGACUUUAAUGUUCCUUUAUUUUCGUACCAAUUAUUCUUUGUUCUCGUUCUCUUCUCUUCGAUCUUCUCAACCUACUGCCGCCAGGUAUUCCAUUGAUGAUACAUACUACUUAUAUCUGUCAACAUCAGCAGCACACACCACAAUCCAUUCACCCAUAAACUAGACUUGUACGAAUAGGGUAAGUAUUUAUAAUUAUUCUUUAUUGAUGAACUAAUUAACUUCAUACAUGUUACACAUAUGGUUACAAUGUAAGAUGUUUUAUCUAUUGAUACAAAUCAGUGGGUACGUGAGAGAAUUAGAG